UGUUUACUACUUUUCGUGACACGUUGAGACGACCCUUUCGCGCAUACUUCCCUUCCGUACUCAGCUCCUCAACGCUUCUCCCCUGCUUCAACUUUCUCUCGACAUAGUUUUCUCCUCCGUCCUCUCACAGAAACCCUAAUCUCCCUUCCCACUCCAGGCGUGAGAAGGGAGAGAGUAUGGCUGGGGAUGGAGGAGUGCACCCGGAUUGCCCUAACGCUUCGAAUCCCUUCCACAUCUGCGCUGAGUAUUGCUCCCACGGACCUUUUCCUCGAUCCAAUAUUCAAGCCACUAGAGAGAUAUUAGUUCUUAAUGGUGUCGGCAGCAAGGAGAACGGCUACGGCGAGAAGGUGGAAGGAGGAAGAAGAAGAAGCGUCGAUCCGUUGUGUGUGAACGCAUCCAAUCCGUUCCACCAAUGUUCCGAUUAUUGUGUUCAAAGAAAUCACGAUGGGAAAUCGCCAUUAAAAGGAACUAAGUUUGGCGGAAAAAAGGAAAAGGUGGUGGUUAUGGAUAAUAGAAAGGUGAAUCUGAGCUGCCCGAAUGCCUCCAAUCCUUUCCAUCAGUGUGCUGAAUACUGCUCUAAGAGAAGUGUUGGUGCAGGUCAGCAUAAACGGGGCAGUUCAGGAGGGUCAACUAGCAAAGGAGGUUUGACCGUUGCGCAGAGAAAGGAUGUGAAUCCAUCCUGUGUGAAUGCUUCAAAUCCCUUCCAUAAAUGCACCGAACACUGCUCCCAGACUCGGAAAACUAAUGGAGUCUCGUAGCUGAAUUCAGGAGCAUUAAUUAGUACUGGUAUUAAAGGUUCUU